AUGUCGAAACAACAACAAUACUCAGUGGAGGUGGGCAAGGCCGCCAACGAACACGAAACCGCUCCAAGAAGAAAUAGAAGAGUCGCUAAGGGUCCUCUAAUGAGACCCAUUGGAAUGACCUGUGACACCGUUUAUGAAUUCGCUUUGGAAUGUUUCCAGAGGGGACAAUCUCGUAAGGCGAUGGCUUGGAGAGAUAUCAUCGACAUACAUGAGGAGAAGAAAAUGGUUACCAAGAAAAUUAAUGGGAAGGAUACACAAGUGGAGAAGAAAUGGUUCUAUUACGAAUUGACACCUUAUAAAUAUAACACUUUUGAUGAGUUGACUCAUAUUAUGCAUAAUAUUGGAAGAGGUUUGGUCAAGAUCGGUAUGGAUCCUAAUAGUGAGGAUAAAUUACACAUUUUCGCCUCGACUUCUCAUAAGUGGAUGAAAAUGUUCUUGGGUGCUCAACCUCAGGGGAUACCCGUGGUGACCGCUUAUGAUACGUUGGGGGAAAGUGGGUUGAUACAUUCCAUGCUACAGACAGGUACUAAAGCUGUUUUCACUGAUAAUGAUCUUUUGAAAAAAUUGAUUAAUCCCGUACAAAAGGCUACAGAAAUUAAAUUUAUUAUCCAUAGAGAUGAAAUUUCCAGUAAAGAUAAGAGACAAAAGGGGAAAUGUUAUCAGGAUGCUCAUGAUGCCGUGGAAGAAAUUCAAAGGGUAAGACCAGAUAUUAAAAUUUUCUCAUUUGAUCAAUUGUUGAAAUGGGGGGAAGAAUUGAAAGAUGAAAUUGAUCCACAUCCACCAAAACCAGAAACUCUUUCAUGUAUUAUGUACACCUCGGGUUCCACGGGGGAUCCAAAGGGUGUUGUUCUAAAGCAUUCCAAUUUGGUGUCAGGUAUCGGUGGUGUUGGGUUCACUGUGUAUCCAGAGAUCAAGACUACUGAUCGUGUCAUUGCAUUUUUACCAUUAGCUCAUAUCUUUGAAUUAGUCUUUGAAUUGGAGACUUUCUUUUGGGGUGGUAUAUUAGGGUAUGCCAAUGUGAAGACUCUUACAAACUUAUCCACGCGUAAUUGUCAAGGUGACUUGAUUGAAUUUAAACCAACUAUUAUGGUAGGUGUUGCUGCCGUUUGGGAAACUGUAAGGAAGGGAAUAUUGACUCAAUUGAAUAAAUUACCCAAGAUUACUCAAAAGAUUUUCUGGUUCGCUUAUAAUGCCAAAAAACAUGGUUAUCCAGGUGGUAAUUUCCUUGCUAAUAUCAUCUUUAAAAAAGUUAAACAGGCUACAGGUGGUCAAUUAAGAGUCACUUUAAAUGGUGGAUCCCCCAUUAGUAGAGAUACUCAAGAAUUCUUAUCGAUAUUACUUUGUCCCAUGCUAAUAGGUUAUGGGUUAACUGAAACUGUGGCAAACACAACCGUGGUUCAAUUAGAUCAUUUCGAAUACGGUGUGGCUGGUGAUUUAACAGGUUCCAUUACUGCUAAAUUAGUGGAUUGUGAAGAACUAGGAUAUUUUGCCAAGAAUAAUCAAGGUGAAUUAUGGCUAAAGGGACCACCAGUGAUGCCCGAAUAUUAUAAAAACCCAGAAGAAACUAAAAAUGCUCUUACAGAAGAUGGUUGGUUUAAGACGGGUGACAUUGCUGAAUGGACACCAAAGGGUCAAGUUAGAGUCAUAGAUAGAAAGAAGAAUUUAGUGAAAACGUUAAAUGGGGAAUACAUUGCAUUGGAAAAAUUGGAAUCCGUGUAUAGAACAAAUCAAUAUGUGCAAAAUAUUUGUGUUUAUGCUGAUCAAACAAAGGUGAAACCAGUGGGUAUUAUUGUUCCAAAUUUGGCACCAUUAGCCACCCUAGCAGUCAAGAAUGGAAUAAUGAAGAAGAAUGAUGAUGUGGAGUCUCAUAUACAUGAUAAGAAACUACAACGUUUAAUCUGUGAAGAUAUGUUGAAGACAGGUAAGGCACAAGGACUAAAUGGAAUUGAAUUAUUACAGGGUGUAGUAAUUUUCCCUGAAGAAUGGACUCCUGAAAAUUCAUAUGUUACUUCAGCUCAAAAAUUAAAGAGAAAGAUGAUCUUGGAUGCAGUUCAAUAUGAAGUGGAUCAAGUUUAUGCAUGA